UAUCAUGUUUAUGAUAUAAAUUAAUUGCUUCCAUCGUAUUUGAUACCAUUAUUAUCUUACAGUUCAAUCUGUGAUCAUUAAAUUAUUUUUUUAAUUAUUUAUUUAUUUAUUUUACUCCGAAGAUGGCAGCUAAAACCUUGAUCAUUGCUUGCUUGGCUAUCCAAUGCAGCUAUGUAUUAUCAACUGACUGUACUGACUCUCAACAGUCAGGUUAUGGUCAAAACGGUUACCAAACAUUAUCGCAUUCUUCACCAUCUUAUGACGUUCAAUCAUCAUACCAAAAACCCAAAUAUCCAGUAGCUCAAUACACUCCUUCAUCACCAGCCUAUGGUUCACAAUCACUGUCAUAUGCUGCCCCAUCUUAUUCUUCCCAUUCAUAUAAGCCACAAUCAUACAACACACCUUCAUAUAAUCAACAUCAGUCAUACUCUGUUCCAUCUUACAACCAACAACAAUCGUAUUCUGCACCAGCUUACAACCAACACCAGUCUUAUGCUGCCCCAGCUUAUGGAAAGCCACAAUCUUACUCUGCACCAGCUUACAACCAACACCAGUCUUAUGCUGCCCCAGCUUAUGGAAAGGCACAAUCUUACUCUGCACCAUCCUACAACCAACACCAGUCUUAUGCUGCACCGGCUUACGAUAAGCCACAAUCAUACUCUACUCCAGCCCACAACCAUCAACAAUCGUAUUCUGCACCAGCAUAUAACCAACACCAGUCUUAUGCUACACCAGCUUAUGGAAAGCCACAAUCUUACUCUACUCCAUCCCAUAACCAUCAACAAUCUUACUCUGCACCAGCUCACAACCAACACCAGUCUUAUGCUACACCAGCUUAUGGAAAGCCACAAUCCUACUCUGCACCAUCAUAUAACCAACACCAAUCGCACUCCGGUCCAUCUUACGAUAAGCCACAAGCAUAUUCUUCUCCAGCCCACAACCAUCAACAAUCUUACUCUGCACCAGCUUACAACCAACACCAGUCUUAUGCUACACCAGCUUAUGGAAAGCCACAAUCCUACUCUACACCAUCAUAUAACCAACACCAAUCACACUCUGCUCCAGACUACAACCAACAUCAGUCAUACCCCACACAGGCCCAUUCAUAUGGUAAACAACCAGCUUACCAAGAACACAAAUCCUACAACGAGGAAUCUUACUCUCCAAAACCAUACAGCUUUGAAUAUCACGUAAAUGACGAACACACUUACGACAUUAAAAGCCAAAAAGAAGAAAGUGAUGGCUACAACGUAAAAGGAUACUACUCUCUUGUCGAAUCUGAUGGUUCCCGUAGAACUGUUGAAUACACUGCCGACGAAAAUGGAUUCAACGCUGAUGUGAAAAAAGAAGAAGGUAAUGGUUACAACAAAAUUGCCCCAGCUUAUAACAAAGAAACAUCUGCUUACAGUGCACAAAGCCAAAAAGAAUACAGUACACCAUCAUACUAAUUAAAAUAAUAUAUAUAUUAUAUUAUUAACUAAUUAUGUUGUAAUAAAUUUCAUAAUUUACUUAGCUAAAAAACUGUUAGAGUAGUUAUGUUAUUUUAAACUAUUACUGUAUUAAAUUUUUUUCAGACAAACUUUAAUAGAAACGUCUUUAUUUAAUAAUAACGUAUUAUUAUUUUUUUUUAAUUGACCUAUUUUUAUAAUUUUUAAUUAUAAGCAUCACAAAUAUAGUUUGUAACAGCA